AACUUUGAGGUUCUUCAAUGCCAAUGGCGAGUUUCUUUGUGCUAUGGCUAGUUUUUGUGCUGCAUGCUUCCUCGGCAAGUGAGCCUGCUCCCUGCAACUUCGAGUCCAGUCUGAGAGAAAGGACACUUCUCAUUGGUAGGGGGCUUCUCAACAGGUUGGGUAUGGAAAACCCUCCGCCUCCACCAGCAUCAAGGAACUUCUCUCAGGAAAGGGCAGCGGACUUUAGAGCCGUACAGGCUCUGGGGAAUAUGCGUCAGGCAGAGGGAAAGCCACCGUGCUUCGAUCGAAAUGCUUUCUCUACUACAAAUUUUGCUACCUUCCCGGUUAAAGCCAUCUCUUUACCCUACCUCUAUUCACUGCAAAUCUAUGAUCCGUAUAAAUUUUUUGGUAAGAAGAAAAGGCAAGUGCAUCCUCAGUCAUCUGCAGUCCCUCCAUUCAGCUACCAGUUCACAUUCCCCAUCAACACCACCUCUGAGGGCAGGGAGUUCUUUUCAAGUGAGCUCAUCCUCUUUCGAAAAGUUUCUGAAAGAGGGAGACAUUUGUUCAAGAACUUUGAGACGAUACAACUCAACUACAUUUUCCCCGUUCGCGUAAUUUACAAGGGUUUCGUAAGGAGAGAGACAAGAAGGCGACACAUUGAAACUAGAGUUGUAGAUGCUACUACUGAUGGCUACAUUAGAUUCGAUACCACUCGCUCCGUAUUCAAAUGGCAAGAGAUGAACCCUACAGAAUCCACUGGAUUAAUUACAUUUGAGAUCAAGAUACAGACUCCUACUCUCACUAGUACAGGUCACCCCCUCCCUCCCGCCAUUGAGUUCAGCACCACAGAAAUAGGAAGCUCCCAGUUUGUGAUGAAUUUUGCAAGACCAGAGAAUAUACCAGAUGCCUCAAGAUCGACUCGUAGGGCAAAGCGUCAGAGUCAGGUAGCAUCGGCAACAAUACCAAAACUUGAUACGAGUUUCUGUUUUCCUCGACCAAAAGAACCGAACUGUUGCGUCAGGACCCUCACUAUUAAUUUUAUGCGAGACCUAGGCGUCAAUUACAGCUUUAUAUUAUUCCCGGCUGAAUAUGAUUCUAAUUACUGCACUGGAUUGUGUCCAAACUUCUGGCCCUCUGCAAGCAAUUCAACUCUUUUCUUGCAAGGAUUCAAACAGACGAAUCCAACGUUUGCAGCCCAGCCUUGCUGUUCACCUGAAGACCUUGGCCCUCUCUCUAUGAUGUUUUUCUCCAAUGGUGAACUGGAAAUAGUAGAAGUAGAAGACAUGAUAAUCACUUCUUGCAUUUGCAGAUGAAAAUGUAUAGGGAUUCAUGAAAGAAUUUUAUUGCAUCUUUAAUAAUUA